GAUGAGGAGGGAGCUCGCAUGUUCCUCUCCGACUCUUUUUUUCCCUUUUUUAAAACAGACUCGGUGCUGAUUCUCAGAUGAAAUGGGGAAAUUGACAGUCUCAAUUAGUCUUUAGCUCGUGCCAAUGUAAGGAGAUACUUCAUUUUUACUCGUUUUUCGCUUUUUUUUUCUCCUCUCGCGCACAUUCACAGCGGCGUUCGAGAUCCGUCGCGCAAUAUUACAGAUAAUACCAAACACGUAUAUGAAUUAUCAGCAGAUGGAUAUGACAUUUUAACUCUUCAGCCGCUCUAAACAGACACAUCUAGACCAUCAGGAAUUGACCGGCACCACUGUGAUUUUCACCUCGAAUGUGCAAUGUGUCAGGCUCAAUGAGCUUUACGAUCACGUUAGAGGAGAUCUAGAAAUAUUUAUGCGUGUUCUUCAGCGGGUUUCUGUAGGAUGUCGCGCCGCAAACAAGCCAAACCAAGAGCUCUGAAAGUGACAGUAGAAGACAAUGUGUCAGAAGAGCAACAGAGCCACAGGCAGUCUUCUGGUUUAACCGAUCCAGACGCUGCUGCUGCAGAGAUUGAGUCAAAGGAUGAAGGGAAAGGCCGUCUGAGGAGCCACAACUGUCCUGAGGAGGAGGAAGAGGAGGAGGAAGAUCAGGCGUUUGAGCCCCUGAACACUCUCACUCCACACAAGAGUCAUCAGUAUCACCUCACAGAUGGAACUGAUAUAGAAGAUGACCCCUCCUGCUCUUGGCCUGCAUCGUCGCCAUCUAGUAAAGACCACACAUCUCCAGGCCAUGUCGAUGACUAUGAAUAUGGUGAGGACGAAGGAGCUGCAGGCCUACCUUACCCAUGCCAGUUUUGUGCAAAAUCCUUCAGUCGCCUGAGCUUCCUAAAGUGCCACGAGCAGAGUCACAGAGAUAAACUUCCGUUCAGUUGCACAUACUGCAGUCGCCUGUUCAAGCACAAGCGCAGCCGUGACCGACACAUCAAGCUUCACACUGGUGACAAAAAGUACCACUGUGGGGACUGUGACUCUGCUUUCUCACGCAGCGAUCAUCUAAAGAUCCACAUGAAAACACACGCAGCCAACAAGCCCCAUAAAUGUCCAGUGUGCCGCCGGGGGUUCUUGUCCACCAACUCGCUUCACGGACACAUGCAGGUCCAUGAACGUGGGAAGGAUGCAAAUACAAGGUCCCCUCAAGAGUGGAGGUUAAAAGAGACACGCAAAUGCAGUCGCUGUGAGGAGGGUUUCGACAUGCCUGAGGAACUGCAGAAGCACAUUGCAGAGAGCCACCCUGAGUGCUCAUCUCCUGUAGGAGGGACUCUCGAACCUGGCCUGCAGUGCAUCUACUGCCACGAGCCAUUCUGUGAUGAAGGAACGCUUCUGAGCCACAUCGAUCAGGUGCAUGGGAGAGACAGAAAGAGCAAUGCAUGCACUGUUUGCUCUGAGCAGUUCCCUACUGUAGAGGAGCUCUACACUCACAUGGAUAUCCACCAACUCCCAGAGUCCAGCAAUAGCCCCUCAGUGUUGCCCGUAGGUUAUACUUCUGUUUCCAGCACUACCCCAGACUCCAACCUUUCUGUUGACAGUUCGACCAUGGUUGAGGCCGCUUCUGCAGUACCCAAGACUCGCGGGAGGAGAAAGAGGGCCACCCAUAAUAACAUGUAUGGCCGAUCUGCCAAACAGCCAAAAAUUGAAUACAGUUGCAUUUACUGCAACAAACAAGUCUUCUCAAGCCUCGCUGUGCUGCAGAUUCAUCUUAAAACCAAACACACUGACAAGCCCGAACAGGCUCAUACCUGCCAAUUUUGCUUGGAGAUCCUUCCAUCCCUUUGCAAUUUGAAUGAGCACCUGAAACAGAUUCACAAUGCCAAGGAUCCUUCGGGUGUACUUGCUAAUCUGACCGAUGACCUGCUGCAGUGCAAUUUUUGCCCAGAGGUUCUUGGAGAUCUUAAUGCUCUGCAAGAGCACAUACGGUGCUCCCAUGGCUUUCCUAAUCCAGUCGCCAAAGAAAGCAAUGCAUUUUUUUGCCCAAAGUGCUUUAUGGGAUUUUUAACUGAGGCCACUCUAGAAGAACAUGUCAGACAAACGCAUUGUGACUCGGGAAGCGUGCAGUUUGAUUCUCCUCUAGCGGUCACUCCAAAAGAUCCCAUUGUGGAGAUCUACUCCUGCUCUUACUGUACCAACUCGCCCAUUUUUAACAGUGUCAUAAAGCUUAACAAGCACAUAAAGGAGAACCACAAGAACAUCCCUCUCGCUCUGAAUUACAUCAACAAUGGGAGAAGAUCUCUGCGAGUCCUGAGCCCAUCAUCUCCAGUCUCUGUGGAACAAACCUCGCUAUUCAAACAGAACAGCUCUUCCUUAUGUUCAAGUGAGUUCAUUUGUAACCAGUGUGGUGCUAAGUACACCAGUUUAGACCUUUUCCAGACGCACCUAAAGACCCACCUUGAUAGUGUUGUGCCACAGCUAACCUGUCCACAGUGCAACAAGGACUUUCCUAGCCAGGAGACUCUUCUGAAGCAUGUGACCGUACAUUUCACUAUCAUGUCCACAUACUACAUCUGUGAAAGUUGUGACAAGCAGUUCACAUCUGUGGAUGAUUUGCAGAAGCACCUUCUGGAUAUGCACACCUUUGUGUUUUUUCGCUGUACUCUCUGCCAGGAGGUGUUUGACUCUAAAGUGUCAACUCAACUCCAUCUUGCGGUGAAGCACAGUAAUGAGAAAAAGGUAUACCGGUGUACUUCCUGCAACUGGGAUUUCAGGCAUGAAGCUGAACUUCAAAUCCAUGUUAAACAUAGUCACCUUGAAAAUCAGGGUUGUUCACACCGUUGCAUCUUUUGUGGCGAGUCCUUUGGCACCGAAGUAGAGCUGCAGUGUCAUAUUACCACCCAUAGCAAGAAGUACAAUUGUCACUUUUGCUGCAAAGCUUUCCAUGCUGUUUAUCUGCUAGAACGUCACCUUCGUGAAAAGCACUGUGUGUUUGAGGGAAAGACCCAGAAUUGCAGCACCAAUGGAUCCAUGUCGGGUAGCGGUGAUUCAGUUGCUAAAGAUGAUGGAGACUUACAAGCCUUUCUGACCAACAGCCAUGGAGGAACUGUUGCAGGGGAGUCUCAUAACAGUCGGGAUGGCAGCGAAGAAGACUUUGAUACCUCAGAGAUCAUGUACAGCUGUGAUAUCUGUGGUGCAUCUUAUACCAUGGAGUCUCUUCUAACCAAUCACCAACUUCGUGACCAUAACAUUCGACCUGGGGAGAGUGCUAUGCACAAGAGGAAGGCAGAAAUGAUCAAAGGAAACCACAAAUGCAACGUCUGCUCUAGAACCUUUUUCUCGGAGGGAGGACUUCGGGAGCACAUGCAAACGCACUUAGGGCCUGUCAAACACUACAUGUGUCCCAUUUGUGGAGAGCGCUUCCCUUCCCUACUUACUCUUACAGAACACAAGGUCACUCAUAGCAAAAGCCUGGACACCGGAAGCUGCCGGAUCUGUAAAUUACCUCUGCAGAGCGAGGAAGACUUCCUGGAGCAUUGUCAGAUGCAUCCCGACUUACGCAAUUCUUUGACUGGCUUCCGCUGUGUGGUCUGCAUGCAGACUGUCACCUCAACUCUAGAACUCAAGAUUCACGGCACCUUUCACAUGCAAAAGACUGGAACAUCUACAAAUCAACCAACUGCAUGCUCGACUGCUGUGGAGCUUCAACACAGUCAAAGCCAGAAAGUCGUCAAGUGUGCUGCAUGUCUCAAAGAGUUCCACUCUAAACAAGACUUGGUGAAACUUGACAUUAAUGGUUUGACAUAUGGUCUUUGCGCACUAUGUGUCAAUGCCGCUGGUAGCAAGAGCUCGAGUGUAAAUGGAGGGAAGCUGCUGCAUCACGGGGCUCAAACCUUGAUGGGUCCUGCUGUUGGAUGGACCCAUGGGGAGAGCCUUAGCCCUGGUCCUGUAAAGGGAAAGACUGCCUGUUCUUCCUCAUCAUCUUCAUCAGUGUCACCCUCUGUUUCCAAGACCCGCUGUUCUAGUUGCAAUGUUAAAUUCGAGUCAGAGGCAGAGCUUCAAGCACACUUGCAGACAGUGCACAGGGACCAAACACCAGAAGCUGCUCUGUUACGGACCCCCGAUGGCUCCCCCAUGUCAAGAGUUAGUCCGACCCAAAGUGACGAGAAGAAGACCUACCAGUGCAUCAAGUGCCAGAUGGUCUUCUACAGUAAAUGGGACAUUCAGGUCCAUGUGGCUAAUCAUAUGUUAGAGGAAGGGCUCGUUCACGAAUGUAAACUAUGCAGUCAAACCUUCGACUCUCCAGCGAAACUGCAGUGUCACCUCAUCGAGCACAGCUUCGAGGGCAUGGGCGGCACCUUCAAGUGUCCCGUCUGCUUCACAGUAUUCGUGCAGGCCUGUAAACUGCAGCAGCACAUCUUCACCGCACACGGACAGGAGGACAAGAUCUACGACUGCUCACAGUGUCCGCUGAAGUUCUUCUUCCAAACCGAGCUUCAGAACCACAGUCUGAGUCUGCACAGCAGCUAACAACAGAACCGCCUGGAAGAGAACGGAGACCCCGUCAUAAAUAUAUGAGCGUUGCAUCGUUCUGUUGCACACAGCCCGAACAGUUAAAAAGAAACGAAGGCAGGGGUAAAAGAUGUUUGACAUUCAGUGUUCCUAUUUGUAAGUAAUAUCCUUCAUGUUUUGCUUUUACUUUUCUUGUAAAGAGUCUUGGAAUUUUUAUUCUUAAAAAUAAAUGUGUUUGAACGUUACAAAAGAUUGAGGAGAUGUGAGAAAGUAUCUGGGCUCACAAAACAAGAUGAUAUCAGGAAUACUGCCUCGUGUGACCAGAGCAUUAAACCUUUGAGUGAAGUAGGAAUAAUAAUAAUAAUAAUAUGUUGAAUAUAUGCAAAACCAAAACAACACUAAAGCAGCAGUAAUCCAUUCCGAAUGAUCUUCUCUUAUCUUGAGGUCAUUUCUCACAGUUUGAGAAACUGCUGUCCGUCCACGUUGACUUGUAUAUUUCUGUUUUUAAUGUUUACUGCUUGCUAAAGUCUGGAUGUGUCUGGAAUGUUUCUUUCUAUAUGAAAGAGGAUGAGGACAUUUAUACUCUGUUGUCUCCAUUUGUCUCAUUGGGUUUGGCUGCACAAAUGCUGUCAGGAGCAUGUCAACGGCUGACUGAUGUGUAACGCCCAACUCUUACUGUAACAGCGUUGUGUCUAAUAUGUACAGUAUAUACCGGUUUUACACUUUUGCAACACUCCAUAUACUUUUAUGGAGGUUCUUGUUUCGAGCUGACCCUACACACUUGAUAAGUGGCAACUGGACUAUUGGAAAGGAGACUUUUAUUAUAUGUCAUGACAUGUCAAUUAAAAAAAAAAAAAGUUCUAUAAAAAUAUUAACCGAGGUCUGAUUUGUUGGACCUUUUUUGUGUUCUCAUGUGAUGGAAACAUUAAAAUUGUAUGAAGAUAUGGA